AGGUUCCGGGCGCCCGAGGCGUUGUUCCAGCCGGCCCUCACGGGCAUGGAGGCGGACGGCAUCGCUCAGCUCACCUACGCGUCCAUCAUGAAGACCGACAUCGACGUGAGGAAGGACCUCUACGAGAACAUCGUGCUCUCCGGGGGCUCAUCCAUGUUCAACGGACUGGACGAGCGUCUGCAGAAGGACGUGCAGGGCAUGGCACCCAGCUCGAUGAAGGUCAAGGUGAUGGCGGACGCGUCUCGCAAGUUCUUCGUCUGGAUCGGCGGCUCCGUGCUGGCAUCGCUGUCGACGUUCCAGCAGAUGUGGAUCACGCGCGCCGAGUACGACGAUGUCGGCGUCGACAUUGUGCACCGGAAAGUGCUUCUGAGUGUUUUGCUAGUGCUAGGAGAGCCGGUGCAUUAGUUGGUAUUGAUAGCGUCGAUAUACUGAUUACAUAAUCACUAUAUAACUGGCCGGCUUUUUCCUCGUUGGAACUCGGUAAGCUGUGCUACUCUUUUCUUUGUGGACCUUGAGUGGGAGUUAUGGGCAGACAUCUGCCUGGAUCCCAAUGGUAGACGCAGGAUUUCAAAGGUUUAAAUCCUUGUUGGACCCUGAGAUCUUUUUAGGGUUCCAGGCAUAUGUCGACUUUGGGGUUUGGUUGAGCGGUUGGAAAGUUAAUUGAAAGGGGCAUGAGUGUGCCAUGGUGGCGAACAAAGAGCCUAGUGUGGUGUUUCCGUGCCGCCAGUGGUACGUCCCCAGUUCGCUGAGGUAGAGUGACGUAACAAGCGUGACAUCUGCUUCGCCUUUGCCCGUGAGGUUCUAUCAUAACGUCCCAGCAGUGACGGCACGCCGACGAUGAGACCUGUUGUGUUUACCUAUGGCCUCGUUAUUAAUCCUUUGUCGCUCGGUGACACAUGUCGCGAUGGGUCAUCGCUGCGAGCGGCCCUGCUGCAGCACUGACCAGCAGACCACAGACAGCCGCGGCGCCCGAUUGUGGUGCUCUGGACAGGACAGACGGUAUACUGGCUGGCUUUUGUUUGUUUGCUUUUGCUGCGACGCAAUUGAGGAAAGCAAGGUGUCUUUUGAUGAAAAUCACACUGGCUAAAAAUGCAUGACAAUAAGAAGUGAAAGACAUAUUUACAACGUUUUCUUUUACUAUAAAGGCUCAUCAGAAUACAGCGACUCCGUCCCAAUAAAACGUUGAA